GCGCGCCGGGCGGGGAGCGAGGGACGCCGGAACUCUUCAGCCACCGGCGCCAGUUUCCGGAGGGAGCGCGGAUUCCGAAGUCAAGGUCCGGCUGGCUGCGAACCCGGCUUCCGGAGGUUGCUCGUGUCGUGGGGGCGGCGGUGACAAUGAGGCAGAAGCACUACCUUGAGGCUGCGGCUCGGCAACUGCACGACAGCUGCCCGGGCCAGGCCCGGUAUCUCCUCUGGGCCUACAGCUCGUCGCACGAUGAUAACAGCACUUUUGAAGGAACAUGUCCAUACUGUUUCCAGUUUCUGGUUUUGGAUAACUCUAGAGUGCGCCUCAAACCUAAGUCCAGACUAACACCCAAAAUACAGAAACUUCUUAACCGAGAGGCAAGAAAUUGUACACUCAGUUUUAAAGAAGCAAAAAUUUUGAAAAAAUACAGAGACUCCAAAGGUGUAUUGUUGACUACUUGUAAAACAUGCAACAGAACAGUUAAACAUCAUGGUAAAAGUAGAAGCUUUCUCUCAGCACUGAAGAGCAGUCCUACCACUCCUACGAGUAAGCUCAGCCUGAAGACACCAGAGAGAAGGACUCCGAGUUCUGCAAAGCUGAGUCAUAUGUAUGGUUCCAAAGGCAAGAGCCCUGCCUCGAUAUUCAGGACACCUACAUCUGGACAAUCAACACCCACUUGCGCCUCAAAGAAUAUGAGCAAAAGAAAGAAACACCUUUCUCAACUAAAAAUGUUACUUAGUCAAAGUGAAUCCCAAAAGAACUCAAAGGUGGACUUCAGGAAUUUCUUAUUGUCUUUGUAAAAGAUGGGCUGUGAAAAUAAAUGUUUAAUGCAAUUCUGAAACUAAA